AUGGGAGGAAAUCAGACCUUGAUUACACAGUUCAUCCUUCUGGGGUUUCCACUCAGCCCAAGGAUGCGGAUGCUCCUCUUUGUCCUCUUCUCACUGUUCUAUGCCUUCACCCUGCUGGGGAAUGGGACCAUCCUGGGGCUUAUCUGCCUGGACUCCAGACUCCACACCCCCAUGUACUUCUUCCUGUCUCACCUGGCCAUUGUUGACAUUGCCUAUGCCUGCAACACAGUGCCCCAGAUGCUGGUAAACCUUAUGGAUCCAGCCAAGCCGAUCUCUUUUGCUGGUUGCAUGACACAGACCUUUCUCUUUUUAACAUUUGCACACACGGAAUGUCUCCUACUGGUGGUGAUGUCCUAUGAUCGGUAUGUGGCCAUUUGCCACCCACUCCGAUAUACUGUCAUCAUGAGCUGGAGAGUUUGUGUUAUACUGGUACUCACUUCCUGGAUUUUAGGUGUCCUCUUGGCCCUGGUCCAUCUUGUAUUACUGUUACCAUUACCCUUCUGUGGCUCACAGAAAGUGAAUCACUUUUUCUGUGAAAUUAUAGCUGUUCUCAAACUUGCUUGUUCAGACACCCGUAUCAAUGAGGUCAUGGUUUUGGCUGGAGCUGUGUCUGUGCUUGUGGGACCAUUUUCUUCAAUUGUAGUGUCUUAUACUCAUAUUUUGUGUGCCAUCCUAAAGAUCAAGUCACAGCAAGGUCGCCAGAAAGCCUUUUCCACUUGCUCCUCUCAUCUCUGUGUCGUUGGACUCUUCUAUGGUACAGCCAUUGUCAUGUACAUCGGGCCUCAACAUGGGAAGUCCAAUGAGCAGAAGAAGUAUCUCUUGCUAUUCCAUAGCCUUUUCAACCCUAUGCUCAACCCCCUGAUUUAUAGUCUGAGGAACAAAGACGUCAAAAGUGCUCUGAAGAGAAUGCUCAUUAAGGAGAAUACGUCUUCAGGAUGUUAA